CCAGGCCUAGCCAAGAUGGCGGCGGUGGCGGUGAGGCGAGGGCUGAGGGGAGGCAGCAGGCCGCCGGUCCGCGGGGCCCCGCUGGGCCUGGCCCUGUGCCUCCUCCUGCUCGGGAUGGCGGCACGAGGAUCCGCCCUCUACUUCCACAUCGGAGAGACGGAGAAGAAAUGCUUCAUCGAGGAGAUCCCGGACGAGACCAUGGUCAUAGGGAACUACCGUACCCAGCUGUACGACAAGCAGCGGGAAGAGUACCAGCUUGCCACCCCGGGGCUCGGCAUGUUCGUGGAGGUGAAGGACCCCGACGACAAGGUGAUCCUGUCGCGGCAGUACGGCUCCGAGGGCCGCUUCACGUUCACCUCGCACACCCCCGGAGAGCACCAGAUCUGCCUGCAUUCCAACUCCACCAAGUUCUCCCUCUUUGCCGGAGGCAUGCUGAGAGUCCACCUCGACAUCCAGGUGGGCGAACACGCCAACGAUUAUGCCGAGAUCGCCGCCAAGGACAAGCUGAGCGAGCUGCAGCUGAGGGUCCGGCAGCUGGUGGAGCAGGUGGAGCAGAUCCAGAAGGAGCAGAAUUACCAGCGGUGGCGGGAGGAGCGUUUCCGCCAGACGAGUGAGAGCACCAACCAGCGCGUCCUGUGGUGGUCCAUCGCCCAGACUCUCAUCCUCGUGGCCAUCGGCGCCUGGCAGAUGAGGCACCUCAAGAGCUUCUUUGAAGCCAAGAAGCUGGUGUGAGGGGGUCCGCCCCCCGCCUCACCCACCCCAUCAUCGCUGCACAAGUUCCAGGCGGGGCUGGGGCCGGGGCCGGGGCAGCCCCUCUCCCUCUGGCUCUGAAACUGAGGGGACGAACCCUGGGGCAGCCCGCUUCACCCCGUCCCCGCCCCGGGACCCGGGAGGGACCUUUCUCCAGCCAGUUCCUCUCCCGCUCCUGUGUCACCGGGAGGUGGGCAUACCUCACUCGGCCCCCUCCGCCCCCGGCCGAGGUCGACCACCCUGCCUCAGUUGCCGUGAGCGGCUCCACUCGCCCCUCGGGCCCGGAGGGCGGCCAGCACGCGCUGCUGGGUCGUGUGCAGUAAUGGGCGACGGGGGACAGCCUCUUGGCAAUGGUGGGGGGACCCGUCAAGCACCUCGGAACCAGUGUUAUCUAUCAGGGAUGUGCGUCUGUCUGUCCGCCAUACAGUUUUGGCUUUCCUUUCGUCUUCCUUUACUUCUGUUGACUCUCGCUUGGGGCUUUGCAGCGGGUCAGCCGGGAGGGUGGGGCGGCGAGGCGGUGUUAUCUCCCCUCCGCCCUCCACUGCUAAAGAUGAUGUGGCCUUCUCAUCCCGCCCCUGUCGGGAGGGGUACCGGCCUGAUUGUGGUGGGUCGUCUCGGGAGGUCCCGAACCACGUGAGGAGUGAGGCAAAGCCCGGCCCGAGGGCCUGGAAAUGCUCCGUCACCACCUCCGCAGAGGGGACCCCCCUCCACGGGGGGUCCCGGCCCCACCGACUGUCCCGCCUGAAAGCCGCGGGAUUGGGGUAAGGGAGGCCUGAGGGAGCGGUAUUUUAGGGGGGUGGGGGGUACGAAUGGGUGGCAAGCAACGCCUGAGACCCCGGAACGGGGACUGGGGCCACGGGGAUCUCCCUUUGUUACUGACUUUGUUUUGGAAUAAUUUGGGGUUUGUUACUGCUUUUCCCAAUAAAGAUCUCCUUUAGGGCCUGGUG